CACUUGGUAAUUUGUGCACCGAUUCCAUUCAGCGUGUAAUCACCGGAGGCUGUGGGAUGAGAAGAUGUCGACGUCAUCGGGGGUUUCGGAUUUGUUUCAGCAUCAGGGAGCCUUGGAGCUGCUGGUCUUUAACUUUUUGCUCAUCUUAACUAUCUUGACUAUCUGGCUCUUUAAAAACCGUCGCUUUAGGUUCCUACAUGAGACCGGAGGAGCCAUGGUGUACGGCCUGGUGAUGGGGCUGAUUGUACGCUAUGCUACAAAACCAUCUGAACUGGAAAACGGAACUGUUUAUGGCUGUGAAAACCUGAAAAGCAACCCUUCACUGCUUCUCAUUAAUGUCACCAGCAAAGUCUACGAGUACGAGUACAGGGGCGAAGUCAACAAAAACAAUGUCAACAGUCACCAGGGGAAUGCCAUGCUACAAAAGAUGACUUUUGACCCAGAGGUUUUCUUCAAUGUGCUUCUGCCUCCUAUAAUAUUCCACGCUGGGUACAGUUUAAAGAAGAGACAUUUCUUCCGAAACUUGGGAACUAUUCUGACAUAUGCUUUUUUGGGGACUGCUAUCUCUUGCUUUGUGAUUGGGCUGGUGAUGUACGGCUUUGUUAAGGCCAUGAUACAGCUGGGGCAAAUUCAGCAUGGCGACUUUCACUUCACAGACUGCUUAUUUUUCGGCUCGUUAAUGUCAGCCACUGAUCCAGUGACCGUGCUGGCAAUUUUCCAUGAACUUCAUGUGGAUACAGAUCUGUACACCCUGUUGUUUGGUGAAAGUGUUCUCAAUGAUGCAGUUGCCAUAGUCCUCACAUACUCCAUAUCAAUAUACAGACCAAAGGAGAAUCCAAACGUAUUUGAUGCAGCUGCUUUUUUCCAAAGUGUGGGCAACUUCCUGGGGAUCUUUGCUGGUUCAUUUGCAAUGGGCUCAGCUUACGCCGUAGUCACAGCUUUGUUGACAAAAUUUACUAAGCUAUGCGAGUUUCCGAUGCUGGAGACCGGACUGUUUUUUCUGCUGUCGUGGAGUGCCUUCUUAUCUGCAGAAGCAGCAGGACUCACAGGCAUCGUUGCUGUUCUGUUUUGUGGAGUCACACAGGCUCAUUACACCUACAACAAUCUGUCAGAAGAGUCUAAACUGAGAACCAAGCAGCUGUUCGAGUUCAUGAAUUUUUUGGCAGAGAACUUUAUCUUCUGUUAUAUGGGGCUUGCCUUGUUUACAUUCCAGAAUCAUAUAUUUAAUGCUCUUUUCAUAUGUGGUGCUUUUAUAUCUAUAUUUGUAGCAAGAGCCUGUAACAUAUAUCCUCUAACCUUUUUCUUGAACCUGGGUCGGAGGAAAAAAAUCCCCUGGAACUUUCAGCAUAUGAUGAUGUUUUCUGGUUUACGUGGAGCGAUAGCAUUUGCUCUAGCUAUAAGGGAUACAGAUUCACAGCCGAAACAAAUGAUGUUUACUACAACGCUACUCGUUGUGUUCUUUACGGUCUGGGUGUUUGGAGGAGGUACGACCCCAAUGUUAACAUGGUUGCACAUCAGGGUUGGUGUGGACCCAGACCAGGACUUGAGAGGAGAAUCUGCGGAUCAGAGGACAGAAUCCCAGAAUAAGAGCUCAACAAAGGCAGAAAGCGCUUGGCUGUUCAGGAUAUGGUAUGGCUUUGAUCACAAAUACCUCAAGCCGAUAUUAACGCACACUGGGCCCCCCCUCACAAGCACCUUCCCGCAAUGGUGUGGCCCCGUCGCUCAGCUCCUGACAAGUCCCAAAGCCUAUGCCGAAGAACUAAAGAAUGAUGACACGGACUGCAUAGUAAACCAUGAUGAACUAACUGCCGCUUAUGAAGAAAACACAUUAGCCUCAAAUCUAUCACCAACAAUGCAAUAUCCACGAGAGGAGAGGGAGGCCGCACAGGAGGAGGCCAGAGAAAAUGUGAACGAAGGAGAUCUUGGGUUGGGAGGAUAUGCAUUUAAACUUGAUAUUACUGCUCAUCAACCUCAUCAAGAGACAUCUGGUGGAACCAUGCAGUUAUAAUAGGAUGUUGCAAACAGAACCUAUAUAUAUUCUUUAUUCAAGGUGUCUUCACUCCUGGACGAAAAAUUAUAUUGACAUAAAAUUACUUUAUAUCUUAGGGGAAACAUUUCUUUGUUUACAUAAUCAAAAUCCGUUAACCAUGGUGUGUUGAUAAUUUCUAUCUGUUCCGGAAUACAUUUCCCGUUGCCUUCAUUCAUUCUUUGAUGUUGGAUCGAGGGAAUCGGGGUCCACAAAAGCUCGUGUACAUGU